AUGAAAUCCAACCAAGAGCGGAGCAACGAAUGCCUGCCUCCCAAGAAGCGCGAGAUCCCCGCCACCAGCCGGCCCUCCGAGGAGAAGGCCACGGCCCUGCCCAGUGACAACCACCGGGCGGAGGGCGUGGCAUGGCUCCCCGGCAACCCUGGUGGCCGAGGCCACGGGGGCGGGAGGCACGGGCCGGCGGGGACUCCGGUGGAGCUUGGUUUACAACAGGGAAUAGGUUUACACAAAGCAUUGUCCACGGGGCUGGACUACUCCCCGCCCAGCGCUCCCAGGUCUGUGCCGGCGGCCACCACGCUGCCCGCGGCGUACCCUCCCCCGCAGUCAGGGACUCCGGUGUCCCCUGUGCAGUACACUCACCUGCCGCACACCUUCCAGUUCAUCGGGUCCUCCCAGUACAGCGGGCCCUACGCCGGCUUCAUCCCUUCACAGCUGAUCUCCCCGCCGGCCAACCCUGUCACCUCCGCCGCGGGGGCCACCACUCCCUCCCAGCGCUCGCAGCUGGAGGCCUAUUCCACUCUGCUGGCCAACAUGGGCAGUCUGAGCCAGGCCCCGGGACACAAGGUGGAGCAGCAGCACCUGGGCAGGGCGCAGGGGCUCCUCAGCCCGGGGUCCCCGCCGGCCACCCAGCAGAACCAGUACGUGCACAUAUCCAGCUCUCCGCAGAGCUCCGGGCGCGCGGCCUCGCCUCCGGCCCUCCCCGUCCACCUGCACCCCCACCAGACCGUGAUCCCACACACGCUCACCCUGGGGCCCCCCUCCCAGGUCGUGCUGCAGUACACCGACUCCGGCGGCCACUUCGUUCCUCGGGAGUCCACCAAGAAAGCCGACAGCGGCCGGCUGCAGCAGACCCUCCAGGCCAAGGAGGUCCUCAACGGGGAAAUGGAGAAGAGCCGGCGGUACGGCGCCCCCUCCUCGGCCGACCUGGGCCUGGGCAAGGCCGGCGCCAAGCCGGUGCCUCACCCGUACGAGUCCCGGCACGUGGUGGUGCACCCGAGCCCCGCGGACUACAGCAGUCGCGAUCCUUCGGGGGUCCGGGCCUCCGUGAUGGUCCUGCCCAACAGCAACACGCCCGCAGCCGACCUGGAGGGACAGCAGCCCGCCCAUCGGGAGGCCUCGCCCUCUACCCUCAAUGACAAGGGCGGCCUGCAUUUAGGGAAGCCCGGCCACCGGUCCUACGCGCUGUCACCCCACACGGUCAUCCAGACCACGCACAGCGCUUCAGAGCCGCUCCCGGUUGGACUGCCAGCCACGGCCUUCUACGCGGGGACUCAAGCCCCUGUCAUUGGCUACCUGAGCGGCCAGCAGCAGGCCAUCACCUACGCCGGCAGCCUGCCCCAGCACCUGGUGAUCCCCGGCACCCAGCCCCUGCUCAUCCCGGUCGGUGGCACGGACAUGGAAGCGUCAGGGGCAGCCAACGCCAUCGUCACGUCGUCCCCCCAGUUUGCUGCAGUGCCUCACACGUUUGUCACCACCGCCCUGCCCAAGAGCGAGAACUUCAACCCCGAGGCCCUGGUCACCCAGGCCGCCUACCCAGCCAUGGUGCAGGCCCAGAUCCACCUGCCUGUGGUGCAGUCGGUGGCGUCCCCUGCCGCGGCUCCCCCCACGCUGCCCCCCUACUUCAUGAAAGGCUCCAUCAUCCAGUUGGCCAAUGGGGAGCUGAAGAAGGUGGAGGACUUAAAAACGGAAGACUUCAUCCAGAGUGCGGAGAUCAGCAACGACCUGAAAAUCGACUCCAGCACCGUGGAGAGGAUCGAAGACAGCCACAGCCCGGGCAUCGCUGUGAUACAGUUCGCCGUCGGGGAGCACCGAGCUCAGGUCAGCGUUGAAGUUUUGGUAGAGUAUCCUUUUUUUGUGUUUGGACAGGGCUGGUCGUCCUGCUGUCCAGAGAGAACCAGCCAGCUCUUUGAUUUGCCGUGUUGCAAACUCUCAGUUGGGGACGUCUGCAUCUCGCUUACCCUCAAGAACCUGAAGAACGGCUCUGUUAAAAAGGGCCAGCCCGUGGAUCCCGCCAGCGUCCUGCUGAAGCACUCAAAGCCCGACAGCCUGACGGGCAGUAGACACAGGUAUGCCGAGCAGGAAAAUGGAAUUAAUCAGGGAAGUGCCCAGAUGCUUUCUGAGAACGGCGAACUGAAGUUUCCAGAAAAAAUAGGAUUGCCUGCAGCGCCCUUCCUCACCAAAACAGAACCCAGCAAGCCCACGGCCACAAGGAAGAGGAGGUGGUCGGCACCGGAGACCCGCAAACUGGAGAAGUCAGAAGAUGAACCACCUUUGACUCUUCCUAAGCCUUCUCUAAUUCCUCAGGAGGUUAAGAUUUGCAUCGAAGGCCGGUCUAACGUAGGCAAGUAGAGGCAGGGUGGGGGACAGGAGACGCGGCUCUCCCUUACCAUUUGUAUCCAGAUUACUGUACUGUAGGCUAAAUAACACAGUAUUUACAUGUUAUCCUCUUAUUUUAGGUUUCUGUUCUAACCUGGUCAUUAGAGUUACAGCAGGUGUGUUGCAGGAGACUGGUGCAUAUGCUUUUUUCCACGGGCAGUCGGGGUUCCAGGCAGCCUGGGUGGACAUGAAGGUGGCUUCAUAGCUCCUGCCUUCUUGAGCAGCCCAGAAGCCACCAGGGGGUGCUGACUCCCACUAGUUGCAAGAGAAAGUUCUGUGGGAAGGGGCCCGCAGGGAUGUGGGGGUGCACGGGUGCCGUGGCGGCAAGUGAGGGUCUCUUUUUCUCUGCCUCCCUCUGUCUCCCUCUCUUGCUCUCAGCAUGGGGUUGGGGGUCCAGAGCAGUGCCCUCCUGGGGUUCACACAUGCAAAAUCCACAUCAGGAACCCUGCUUCAGGGCAUCGUAGAGAGGCGUCAGACGGAAGAUGGAAAGCUAACUGUUUAAAAGAAUGUUUUUCUCUCCAACAUAUUUUACAAUAAAAGCAACUUUGAAUCAUAUAGAUAUAUAUAUAUAAUUCCCCCUAUGGGGCCUGACUGCACUGAUAUAUAUUUUUUUUAAAAGAGCAACUGCCACACGUGGGAUUUCGUUUCUGCUUUGCUAGUGCAGUGAUGUCGCCAGGGUGUCAUGGUGGGCAGGGAAGCCCCUGCUCACGUUGCCCCACAUGGGUGGGGGUGAGGGGUGGCUGGGAGCAGGGAUUGGGGAGAGAGUGAACACCCACGCUGGUUUCUGUGCAGUGUUAGGAAAACCAAUCAGGUUCUUGCAUUGACUUCGCUCCCAAGUGAUACGUGCAAACCGCCCUGCUGUGAGAGCAUCGGAAGCUCUUUGCAUUGAUUUUGCAAAAUCUUUUUGUCUUUUAACUCUAGUCUAUUUAUAGUUCAUGACUAUGGACAACUUGGGUGCCACUUUUUUCAGAUUUCAGUGUGACAGGAGGAAUUAGAUUUCAAAGAAAUGAGCAUAUAUUACUAUCUCUAAGCACUUAAAAUGCUGUUCACACUUUAUUACCAAGCAUCUUGGUCUAUCAUUCAACAAGUACUGUAUCUCACUUUAAACUCUUUGGGAAAAAAAAAAACAAUAAAUAACUAAGUUGCUUUCUUUUUUUUCAACACUGUAACUACAUUUCAGCUCAGCAGAGUUGCUCAUGAGCAAGAUAUUGAAAGUUUCAAUGUGGUUUAAAGGGAUGAAUGUGAAUUAUGAACUAGUAUGUGACAAUAAAUGACCAUCAAGUACUACCUGACAGGAGGCACUUUUCACUUUGAUGUCUGAGAACGAGUUAAAGGCAUAUACGGAGUUGGCAGAGAAACUGAGAGAAAAGGGAUGGAGAAAAUACUCAUUUUUGUCCAGUGUUUAUUUCGAAGAUGAACUUUUAAAGAACCUUGCAAUUUGCACAUCUUGAGUUUAUAAUUUGUGUGAUAUUCCUGCAGUUUUUAUCCAAUAACAUUGUGGGAAAGGUUUGGGGGACUGAACGAGCAUAAAUAAAUGUAGCAAAAUUACUUUCUAACCUGCCUAAAUUCUAGGCCGUUUUAUAAGGUUAUGUUCCUUUUCAAAUUCAUUUUGGUCUUUCCACCACAUCUGUCACAAAAAGCCAGGACUCAGCAGGACUACUCUGAGAAUUUUCUUCAGAUUCAUUGAGAGAGUUUUCCAUAAAGACGUUUAUAUAUGUGAGCAAGUUUUUUUUUUUUUAAAAAAAAAAAAACAAUUACUUUAUUAUUGUUAUUAAUGUUAUUUUCAGAAUGACUUUUUUUUUUUCUGUUUGAAAUCAAAUCAAGAUUUAAUGUUUGGUACAAACCCAGAAAGAGUAUUUCAUAGUUAUAAACCUUUCAUUCCCAGAGAUCUGAAAUAUCAUUUGUGGGUUUUAAGUGCAUCUUAAAGUGCUUUAAAAAAAAUUUUUAUAAGUAGGGAGAAAUUUUUAAAUAUUCUUACUUGGAUGGCUGCAGCUAACCUGAACAAGUACUUAUCUGACUUUUCUUUUUCCAUUGAAAAUAGUACUAUUUCCAUAUCACAAAUUAAAAAAAAAAAAACAACUAAUAACCCACAUUUUGGCUAUCUAGUAUUCCUUUACAUUUAGCUCCCACCAGGACUCAUGAUUUUUAUAAACCAUUUUCUGGGGUGUACCAAAAAAGUUUGAAUAGGUUUAGAGUAGCUAGAAUCGUUCCUUGACUUUCCUUGAACUUCAUUACCCUCUCAGCAUGCUUGCAGAGAGCUGGGUAGGUUCAUUCUUGCAGUCAGACUGCUUCUUUAGUGCUGUAUCUUUUUCAACGUUUCUGUUCAGAGAACUUGCUUAAUCUUCCAUAUAUUCUGCUCAGGGCACUUGCAGUUAUUAGGUUUUGUUUUCCCUUUUAUGUUUUAACCUUUAAUGGUAAGAGGAAUACGGGCCGCCACAUAGACUUUGUUCUCAUUAGUACCACUAUUUACAACAACUCGUGGAUUCAGAAAAACACACACCACCUUCUGGCUCACUUCGAGUAUGGAACUGACUGGAUCACUACACCAACACUAAAAUGGGAAAACACACAUGGUUUGGAGCAAUAGGAACAUCAACAUUUUUGUGUUCUGUUUCAGGUAUAGGAAUUAUAAGGUAAUUGGUUCUUUCUCAACCUUUGUCCCAUUUCAUUCUCUCGCUUUUUUAGCAUGUGCAAUACUUUCUGUGCCAAUAGAGUCUGACCAGUGUGCUGUAGUCGAAGCUCUCUCCCUUUUGGCUUUUUCCUUGUUUGGUUGAUCUUCCCUGUUAUGGCCAGAGAAGGGCUGGAGGGAAGGGGCCAGGAGGGGAAGAUCCCCUUUUCCCUGCUGCGGCUGCUGGAUGCUGGGAGCCCCCUGUGUCUGUCGCCAUGUUGCAGAAAGAGCCAGCCACGACCUGGGGAAGUGCCGCAGUCCCCUAUCACCACAUGGAAUAGUGAAUGUGAAGUGUGGAGAGGAAGGAGGCAGAUUCAUUUCUGAGACGCACUCUGGAGCAGUGUAGCCUGGAGUCGACCCAUUUUCCACCGUCUUUUCUGCACUUGGGCAGGCCCCUCCCCGGGGGCUAUGUCCUUGAGACUCUGCGCCUUGCCUCUGAGCAUGGGCAGGAAGUGUGACCUCUUGUGUGUGUGCGUGCUGAGCGUGCCGGCUUGUGGCUGUGGAGGGGACCACCUGCCAACCAUGGUCACCACUCCUUUGUGGCAGCUUUCUCUUCAAAUAGGAAGAACACACAGAAGCCAGGCCUCGUUUGCAGACUUGGCAAGCCCCAAGGCUCCCAGAGCAGCCUUGUCACUGCUUCUGUGUAGCAAACAUAACAAUGACAGGGGUAGAAAAUCUUCGGUGCCGUUCAGCUUACAAGGAUCAGCCAUGUGCCUCUGUACUGUGUCCAGUUUGCAAUAUUUACAACAGCCCUCUUUGCUUCUUCUUUCUUUCCUGUUUUCCAUUUUUAAACUAACAACAGCAGGCCUUUUGUGUUUACAAUGGAACACAAUCACCAAGAAAUUAGUCAGGGCGAAAAGAAAAACUAAUAAUAUUAUCAAUAAGAAACCAACAAACAAGAACCUCUCUCUUUAUUAUAGGCAUUUCUAAAUAUAUAAAAACGACUGUUCCUUAGAAUGUGUAACUUAAGAAUCAUUUCAGUUUGUCUGGGCCACAUUGGGGCGGGGCGGGAGGGAUACAGAGAUGGGUGCCACUUACCUCAAAUCGUUUAAAGUGGAAAUCCAGAUUGCAUGUUCAUUUGGACUUUCAGGAUAGUUUUCUAUGUCGGUCAGUUUCUUGUUUUCCCCAAUUCACCCAGUCUGGCUUGGGAUGAUUUGAUUUUUGUUGUUGAUGUUGAUCCCAUUUCUAGCUCUGAAUUGUGACCCCUGUGUUUUCUGUUAGGGUUUUCCCCCCACCAGGAAGUGGCGGCAUCCGUCCUUCUCCCCUACAAGGAACUCUGCGGAAACUUUCACACCUCUUACUCAGGGACGGGGCUGGUGUGUGUGUGGUACGCCGAUGUGUCCAGAGCAGCACUUUGACUGCUCUGCAGUAGGGUUGUACAAUUUCAAGGAAUGUUUGGAUUUCCUGCAUCUUGUGGAUUACUCCUUAGAAACUGCAUAGAUUGCAAUAUAAUAUAAUGCUGCAUGUUCACAACGAACAGUAGCUCCUAGUAAUCAUAAAAUCCACUCUUUGCACAUAGUUUGAUCUUUACUGAAAUGUGUUGCCAAAAUUUAUUUCUGUUGUUGUAGCUUUGGAUUUUUUUUGUUUGUUUGUUUGUUUUGGUUUUUUGUUUUUUUAAGAAAACAAUUGACAAUACCCUUUAACAUCGGUGACUACUAAGGAAACCUAUUUCUUUCAUAGAAAAAUCUCAAAUGCUUUUGAAGACACUAAUGCCAUGCUAUUUCAGAUAUGGGUGAGGAAGCAGAGCUCUUGGGACAAAAGGCCAGGCUUCUUGGGCUGUGUCGGUUGUCAUGGCUACUGUUUCAUGAACCACAAGCAGCUUAACAAACUGUGGUCUGUUCUCUCCUGAAACCCUUUGCACUUCAAUUUCCUAGUUGGUCACCCUUGAUGAUUCCAGGUGAAAAUAGGGCCGGUAGUCUCUAUGGCCCGGUUCAAUUUCUUCGGUGGUGAUAUGAAAAGAAAGAGAAUUACAUCUUUUUUUUUUUUUUUUUAAGUGGAGUGGAGGCCUUUGCUUCCACAUUAUGUGUUUUUAACCCAGAAUUUCUGAAAUAGAGAAUUUAAGAACACAUCAAGUAAUAAAUAUACAGAGAAUAUACUUUUUUAUAAAGCACAUGCAUAUGCUAUUGUGUUGGGUUGGUUUCCUCUUUUUUCCACGGACAGUGUUGUGUUUCUGUUGAUAGGGAAACUCCAAACAACUUGGACACCUCUACUCCGGAGCUGAGAUUUCUUUUACAUAGAUGACCUCGCUUCAAAUAUGUUACCUUACUGAUAGAAUCUUUUCUUGUAGCACUAUACCUUGUGGGAAGUUUUUUUAAAAUGUACACCUAAUUUGAGAAGCUGAAGAAAAACCAUUUUGAAGCACUCACUUUGAGGAGUACAGGUAAUGUUUUAAAAAAUUGCACAAAAGAAAAAUGAAUGUCGCAACGAUUCAUUCAGUGUUUGAAAAAGAUGGAUCUGUUGAAACAGUUGAGUUUCAUACUUUGUUUGUUAAAAAAAAAAAAAAAAGCAGAGAAGGGUUGAAAGUUACGUGUUCUUUUGUAUAUAGAAAUUUGUUAUGUCUAAAUGAUCAGAUAUUUGUAUGGUUAUGGCCUGGAAGAAUUACUACGUAAAAGGCUCUUAAACUGUACCUAUGCUUACUGUCAUGUUUUUGUUACACACAGCCCUCAUCUGAGGGAGGGGAACUCUGUGUUCUGCUAUUUGAGAAUACUGUUCAUUCCUGUGCUGGAAGUACUUCUCUGAGCUCCCUUUUAAGUCUAAACUCUUAAGCCAUUGAAAUUUCUUUUUCAUCAGAGACGAUGUUUGACAUUUUCAGCACUUCCUGUUCCUAUAAACCCAAAGAAUAUAAUCCUGAACAAGAAGUGUUUGUCACAAGGGAUCCUAGCUACCAAUAAAACAUAACUCAUCAUGGGGACAAAAAAAAAAAAUUGUUUAGCCUUCUUUCCCCCCAUACCUCAUUUACAUGGGGGGGGUAAAAACAGGAAUUUCGAUUGAAAUGUCUCAUUUUACUUUAGUUUUAUUUUGAUUUUUCACUAGUAUAAAGAGGCCAAAAUAAAUGUGGAGCAACUUCUCAGAAGAGUUGUAUUCCUAUCCCCAAAUCAAGCCAGACAGCAGAAACUGGACAGCUGUGGGGAGACGGAACAUACCCACCUACAGUUCUUAAAUUCAGAAACCCAUCCCCUCCUUUAGUGUGAAAGGCAAUUGUUCUGGUAGCUAACAUUCACCUGUACGACAGCGGGCGGGAACAGUGGCUUCAGUUUUUCAUGUCCCCGUGACUUGCAUACACAUGGUUCGACUGUAUUAAAAUGAAGUGCAUUUGGCCAAUAGGUAGUAUCUGUACAAUAACAGUCUCUAAGAAUUUCCAUACCUUUUCUGAUCUGAAAGGACUCAAGUCUUCCACUGCAGAAAAUUGGAGACUUCGCCCACCCACGUUUUCUUUCCCCUUAGUUUGUCUGUUUGCUGUCUGGAUGGCCAUUGAGCCUGUCUCCUUUUCCAUGGCCAACCUUGAAGGCCUUUGUUGGAAGCGUUGUUUACAGAAACCCUUACCAAGAUAACAUACUGUCCUCCCAACAAGUCUGAGGUGACACUAGCUUAGAGCUGUUCUUUAAAGAGCAGUUAUCAAGAAGCUAGGUGCAUAGGUUUUCUCCCGUUCUUGUACGAACCACCUGCUCUUAUCUGAUCCAGGAGUGGGGUAAAUUCUUUAGUCAGUGAAUCUUAAACUUGACACCUGUGCAUUUGGUUCUGUGAAUACUGCCCUUUGGCUGGGUUUAUUCCUCCCCGGCCUGUACUGCUCAACUGUAAACCCAAAUUAGUGUUGACCGAAAGGAGGUUUCAAUACGGUCCUGUCAGUCUUUGUGGUGGCCUUCGGAUAAGACAGAGUCCUCAUUUCUAGCCAGUGGGGUCCUGGCCCCAGAGCCAUUGCUGAGAUUCCUACAAUUGGAUGUUUUAAUACCAGAUCAAUACCAGAUCAUUACCCAAACUUCCAAUCGUAUGCCUCCCACAGGCCAAGGGAAAACAGACACCAGAACUCGGGUUGAGGGCACUACCAGACUGACAUGGCCAGUACCGAGGAGAACUAGGGAAGGAAUGAUGUUUUGCACCUUACUGAAAAGAAAAUUUUAAGUGCAUACAUAGUUAAGAGCUUUUAUUGUGACAGGAGAACUUUUUUCCAUAUGCGUGCAUACUCUCUGUAAUUCCAGUGUAAAAUAUUGUACUUGCACUAGCUUUUUUAAAACAAAUAUUAAAAAAAAAAAUGGAAGAAUUCAUAUUCUAUUUUCUAAUCGUGGUGUGUCUAUUUGUAGGAUACACUCGAGUCUGUUUAUUGAAUUUUAUGGUCCCUUUCUUUGAUGGUGCUUGCAGGUUUUCUAGGUAGAAAUUAUUUCAUUAUUAUAAUAAAACAAUGUUUGAUUCAAAAUUUGAACAAAAUUGUUUUAAAUAAAUUGUCUGUAUACCAGUACAAGUUUAUUGUUUCAGUAUACUCGUACUAAUAAAAUAACAGUGCCAAUUGCAA